GGGCAGUUUCAAUUGGCAUCCGAUCAGAAUCAAAACCAAACAAUAACCUUCAUUCCCUUUUCAAUUCUCUGUUAUACUAAUCCAAACCCAAAUUCACUUCUCAAAAUCAUCAAUCAACCCCCAUUUUAAUAAAAAUCAAUACUUUCUUGAAUUAAUGGUUACUGAUAGCUCUCCUAAUUUUGAUGAUGGGACUGACAUUUUCUCACCAAUGAUGCCGAGUGAAAAUGAUUCCCUGAUGGGGAAGAGAAAAGAAAUGGAGGUUGUAGAACUUGAAGGAAGCAGGAGGAAGAAAAAGAAGAAGCAAAAUGGGACACCUCGUCCGGCUUGCUCUUGGGUACAUUUUAGCCGGGAAUUUAUUAAGGAAUACAGCGCUUCCCAUUCCGAAUCAUCUGGUCUGAAAGUUGCGACAAAAGCAGCUUCAGAUGCUUGGAAAGUAAUGACUCUUAAAGCAAAAGCAAAAUACACAAAACGAGCCCGUGAAGUUUGGGAUGACUACUUGAGCUCUGCUCCUGCCCGUGAACCUAAACCUAGAAAGCAGAUGAUUGAAGCUUUUUGAAUUACUGUUGCAUUUGUGAACAACCGAGGAAGUUGAGAGAAGGAUAGGAAGGAAUGGAGCUUAUAACUUACGAGUAUGUUUUUUGGAGUACUAGCAGCUAAUGGGAACAUGAUUUUGCUAUGUCUAAACAUGGUUAAAAUGAGUAUAUUUGAUGUUUCACUUAUAGGUCCCAACAACAAAGAUGGUGGUAGAAGUUUAAACGACCUUGCAAUAAAGAUUAUAAUGUUAAGUUUCUGACCGGAUAUAUAACAUAGUUCAAGUUGAUAGCAACUGCUAUAAUUUCCUUGCACGAGAUACAAAUUGUCGUCUAAUUACAAAACAUCAUUAUGAUGUCUGUAUAUGUAUACAACAUAGUAUUACUCUUUGCUAUCCACAUUGCUUCCUAAUGUACUGAUUUGUUUA